AUGCUGGUGACGGCGGCUGGCCUCGUCUCGGCUCCGUGGCGCCAUGCCGAGCAGGCGGCUGGGGGAGGCAAAGGGCAGCAGCCUCCCAAGCCGAAGCGGCUCACUGACGAGAAGCGUGCCUACUUCGUGGCCUGUCCCGCCGACCAGCUCGAUGCGUGCAAGGAGCUCAUCGCGGAGGCGGACUGGCAAGCCAUUCGUCAGCAGCGCUUCCUCAUCCAGCAGCAGCUGGGAUCGCUUUCUGCGGUCAGACCUGUCAGGAGUGCGCAGGUGGCGGCCGACGAGGCUUCCAAACGUCUCCUGCGGGCCCGCGGCGAGCUGGAGCGCAAGAAGAAGGCGGCCCAGGCAGCGCUGCAAGCGGCGUUCGACCAGGAGAAGCACGUCGCGAAGCUGCAGGUGGAGUUGGACGAGCUCGCCGAGAAGGCCAGGCGGGUCCUGGCUGAGCCGCCUGUCGCGGCGGUGCCGCGUGCCGAGGACCGCUGCGUCGCUGACGUCACCAAGUGCAGGGACCUGGUUGGCGCUGUCUCAGGUGCCCUCGGCGGCGUCGAGCUUGGCGAGCUGGCUGGCCCGCUCAAGUCCCUCAUCGCCGCACUCCAGCAGGAUGUUGCCGCCUGCGAGGCCUCGGGCGCCCCGCCAGCAGCUGCUGAGCCUGCCCCUGCCGCCGCUGCGGCAGGCGCCCAGCCUGGGGCGGGGGCGCAUGCAGCGGAUCUGGGCGGUGUGCACGCGGCGGUGGGCGAUGACGACGAGGACAUGGAUGGCCGCAACCUAUCCCCUGAGGACUUCGCGGCGCAGGCCGAAGCUUUCUGCGACGGCGACGCUGAGAAGAG